AUGCAAAAUUUGCAAGACUUCCUUAAUAAUAUGAAUAAUUAUAAACAAAUAGACAUUCCUUGUUAUUAUAGAAAUCAAUUUAAAAGCAAAGAAAGCCUAAUCAAUCCAAAUUUUUAUGAAAUUUCACAAAAGUCAUAUUAUAAUUUUAUAUAAGGCUUUUAAACCAGGAUUAUCAUAAAUUAAAUAAGAAAUGGGACAAAUAGAGCAAAUAGCUUUUUAUAUUGAUUAUGAUUAAAUAUUUUCAGAUGAAAAACAAAAAAAAUGUCAAUCCUACUACAGAAGAAUGGAGAGAAUUAACAAAUAUUUUAGGAUUUGAAGAAUAAAUAUUGAAAUAAAGAUGGAUAACUUUAAUAACUCCUAUGGCUAAAAGCCUAAUUUGGGAAAAAGAAGAGGACGAUAUCAUAAAGUUAUAGAUGAAGUAUGAAUUAUAAGUAAAUUACGUAAUAGUGUAAAAUAAGGAAAACAUAUUUGGACUGAAAUAGCAUUAGAAUUAUAUAAUCAUAAUAAUGGUAUGUAUGUUAGAACUCCAAAAUAAGUUAGAGAAAGAUGGAUGAAUUAUUUGAAUCCUGUUUUGAAAAAGUUUAAUAAAAAAUAUAUAAUUAUUUCUUAGGUCAAGCUGGACAGAUCAAGAAGAUACUUAAUUAUUAUCUUUAGUUAUGAAGAAUGGCAAAAAAUGGUCAAAGAUAUCUAAAGUUUUAGAUGGUAGAACUGAAAAUUAAGUUAAGAAUAGGUAAGUGUUAAUUCAAUUAUUUUUAGAUAUAAAAGUUUAGUUCAUAGAAUUUAUUAAGAAUAAGAUGAUGAUAUUGAUGAAUUAAUUGCAAUAAACUAAUAUUUGACAAAAAAAAACUUAAUAAAUUCUGAUCAAAAAAAUAUAGACAUAGAAUGUAAAUUAAUUGAUAUUCCUAAAGAUAAAAAUGAGAAAGAAAUAACACAAAAACUUUUAGUAUAAAAAGCUGAAAAGGAUAUUCUUAUUUAAGAAAAAAAAAUUGAAACUGAAAUAGAUAAAUGCGAAUAGGAUGCAGUCAAGUAGGAAAAUUAUUAUAUGUAUUUACUUUAAUAACUUAAUAAUUAAUUUUGUUUUUCAACCUAAGGAAAUUAUGAUUCAUAAAGCAUAGAAAAUAGAAGUAGCAUAUCUGAUUUGAAUCAUUUUGGAUGUUGGUUAAGUCCAGAUAUCAAAAAUAAAUUUAGUGAGUAAAAUAGAAUAUCAACUAAAAUACUACCUGACUCGCCUAAAAUAUAAGAAUAAUAAUAACAAUACAAAUAAAAUAAUUACAUAAAAGAGACAGCUACUGAAUUAAGUUUUAGUAAUGUUUAUGCAUAAACUGAUAAUCAUUUUUAAAGAUAAGAAUUUUAUUUACAGGAUGAACAAUUUCCAAAUUUAUUAGAUAUAAACUAGCAAAAUCAAUAACCAUCAUCAAUUGUUUAUUCUCCUUUAUAUUUUUAUAACAAUCAUUUCACAGUCAAAUCCCCUUUUUAAAGUCCUAUGCAAUCAUCUCCUUAAUCAUAGCAGAUUUUAGAAGAACAUAAAUAAAACGAGAUUAAAAAAUAAAAUCACUAAGUAUUUAAUUUUUAGAUUAUAAGGAUAUACAAUUUUAAUUCUUAAAUAAUAACGAUAUUAUUUCGAAUUGGAAAAAUAAGAGAAAAUAAGAUUUGUAAAAUUUAGAAGAGUGA